AUGGCUGGCAGCCGAAGCAAGCACAUCAAGGCAGAGCCUGGCCUUCAUGCACCAAACCGUACCGCCACGCCUCCUCGGCCCUCCAACUCGAGGACUCCGGCCGCCGUCACCCCCCGGUCCGCCAUACCAAACCGACCGGCUCCUUCCGCCGCGUCUAGCUCCGUCGUCUCGCCCGAUCCAAGGCGAGCUCAGCGAUCGGCUGCCCCAACGGUGACUACCGCAUAUGCUGGUCAGCACCAGUCCGAGACAGGGGAGGAUGUCAUGUUAAUGGAAGUACGGCCCAGGACUUUCAAGGAGGACCCCGAGGCCAAUGUCCACCAUAGCCUCCAUGUGCCCGAGGCAGGCGACAUUGACAAGAACCUGAAGGACAUCGGCCAGCAUCUGAAGAGUUUCAAUGACACCCUGGGCUCCCUUCAGUCCCUCGGCAUCCACCAUGACACUCCGCUACCUGAGCUCAUCCUCGUCGGCGACCAGUCCUCGGGCAAGUCCAGCCUGAUGUCGGCUAUCUCUCAGAUCAUACUGCCCCGGAGCGACGGCGUUUGCACUCGCUGCCCCGUUCACAUUCGCCUGUCGAGUGACACGACAUGGCGGUGCCGCGUGUCGCUUCAGCAGGACUACGCCUAUCGUCCGCCCAACGACGAGCCCAUCACCGAGGCCGACGUCACAGACCACAACCCAUUCCCACCUUGGCUUAAGCAGACGAGGGAGACAAAGGAAUUUAAGAUGGUCUACAACAAGACAGAUCCAAUCGACGAAAUAGUUCGGUGGGCCCAGAUAGCUAUUCUCAACCACAACCGCAACUUUACCCAGUACGUGCCCAAGGACUGGGACCUGCGGUCCGCGCAAGAAAGAGAGCCAGAAUAUGAGGCCCGCCGUCUGGCAGAAGCCGAGCUCACCACUGAGGCCAAGUUCAGCCCAAAUACUGUGGCUAUCGAGGUCAAAGGCCCUGGCCUGCCGGACCUCUCCUUUUACGACAUGCCUGGUGUUUUCCGAAACGCCAAGCACGAGGAGGAUCAGUUCCUGGUCAAGGUGGUUGAGAAUCUAGUUCGCGAGUACAUCUCUCAUGAAAAGGCCAUCAUCUUGUGGGCUGUGCCCAUGAACCAUGACCCCGAGACGUCCUCCACGUACGCCCUCAUACGGAACGUUCGGGCUCAGCAACGCACCAUUGGUGUCAUGACCAAGGCCGACCUGCUUCCACGUGGUGGCCACCACCAGUGGUUGGAGAUGCUGGCCGGUCAGCAACACCAAGUUGGCCGCGGAUACUUCAUAACCUCGCGUGCGCCUCCGUCACUCCAGAACGGAGAUGGUCAUGAGCUGCAGCGUCGAGAUCGCCAGAGUCUCCGGGAUGAGCAUGCUGCCGAGGAGGCCUUCUUCAACCGUGCCACUGGAAGUUGGCCAGAGGAAUUUGGACCAUUUGACGAGCGUUGCGGUAUCGACCAGCUAGUUAAGUUUCUUGCACAGUCCCUCGCGCAAGAGUUCGCCAGGAACCUCCCCGACCUCGAGAAGAAGCUCCACAAGAAGCUCAGCUUGGCUAAGGACCAGCUGGCUCGAUUACCUGACAUGCCUGCAAACCCUGAAUACGAAGUACGCAGGAGUCUGCUCAAAUUCACCCAAGAAUUCCAGUCGCGUCUGAAGAGCAAGAUGUUCCUGUCCUCAUGGGCCAAGAUCGCGGAGACGUUUAGAAUCAAGGUGAUUGAUCUCAAGCCGCGCUACCGAGUGAUGCCCGAAGGCUUCGCGAUCGACAGGCCAAUCGGCUCGGGCGCCAGUGACAGGGACUCGGUUUUCAGUGUUAACAACUCACCAAGCCUCUCUGUAAAGCGCAACCGGCAGGUGUUCGAUCUGACGAACGACGCCGUUUCCACUCCCUCUGCUCAGCGACGCAGAGGCGAGAACGGCGCGAUCAAGGUUGAAGACACCAACAGUUCAUUCGUGACUGAGUUGCCAGCUCAAACGCCUGGUCACGCCUCUGGUCCAGGGUCAGACGCUGGUGGUAGGGUUCCUAGUAAGACUCUGGCUCAGAUCCGUAACCUGAUCCGUUCCGAGCGAGAGGCUGGAAAGCCUGGUGAGGUGCCGUAUGACGUGAUCGAAAAGCUGUGUGUUGAAGCCGUAACUACCUGGGAGGGACCUUUGCACAAGUUCUUGGACCACACGAUGACCCAGCUUCGGCGGGAGCUAGAUUCUUCUCUGAAUGAGUCGUUCAAGGACCUGCAAAAACGACAGGUUUACCGGGAUGCUAAGCGGCUGACUGGUGAGUGGCUCAAGGGGCACAAGCAGCGUAUCUUCGAGUACCUACACAGAAAUUACAAGAUGGAGACGGCUCAGGUCUACACCACCGAUGAUGAAUCCUUCCAGCGUCACCGUGGUCAUGAGACCCAAAUGCUACGUCGCACCCGACACUUUUACCGAUGGAAGGCCUACAACAACGAUACCUCUCAUGAGAGGUUAGAGGACUGGGGCAAGCUUAGUGCCGAAGCGCGCCGCAACGAAGAACAGCGAAUCCAGAAGGAGGAGCUCAAGCUCGGUGACGACGAGUACGCCACUGAACUCGACGUGGCCGCUCGCGUCAGGGGGUACUAUCUCACAGCCGCGAUGCGUUUCAUCGACGUGACUGCCAUGCAGUUCACAUCCGGCCUGUUCCCUGAGCUGAUCAGCGAUAUCGAGAUGCACCUCGACCACGAAAUGGGCCUGGCCGGCGGUCCGGCGCCGUACGACCCAGAUGUGUUUGUGCGCCUCAUGGAGGAGGAGCCCAGCACGGCGGCGAAAAGAACAGGCCUCAAGGCGUCUGUGGCGAGAUUCAACCGUGCGGUGGAAGAGAUUCGGGACCUGAACCAGACUGUUAUGCGGGCGUCGGCGAGUGCGCCACCGCACCAGGUGCUGGUCCAGGACCUCGAAAUGGAGGACGCAGAGAGCGAGGAUUUGUACGAUGAGGACGCGGAGAAGACUCCAGGCCAUCAAAUCCACCAGGUCUCUUCACCAAGUGAUCAACCUCUCCACAGCACGGACGACCAAGACGAGACAAUACAAGCGAUCCCGUGGUCCUACAAAUGGAUUGCCCUCCUGUGCAUCGUCUCCCUACCCAUCGGGCACACCUGGACAGGUUCGGCGCUGGGCCCUCUCAAAAACACGCUGCGCAAUGAGCUGGGCAUCAACAACGCGCAGUUCGGGGUCAUCAGCAGCGCCGACGCCUUCGUCAACACCGUCUUCCCCAUCAUCGGCGGCCUCCUGCUGGACUGGUGGGGGCCCAACCUGGUCACGCUGUGCUGCACUUCUGUCGUGUUGGUCGGCUCUGUCAUCUCGGCUGCCGGCGUGCAGGUCGGCCUCUGGAGAGUGCUUGUUGGCGGACAUGUGCUGAUGGGGUUUGGCAUUGCUGUGCUUGACUCCGCGACGCAGAAGUUCUUUUACCACUGGUUCGGGGCUUCUGGCCUCGCUUUCGCGUUCGGCCUCGAGAGCGCCAUAUCCAACACGGUCAGUCUCGUCUCAGGUAUGGUGGCCAUCCCCAUCCGCAAUGGGACUGGUUGGUACGGCUGGACGUUCUGGAUUCCCGUCUUCUUCUGUGGCUUCUCGCUAGCCGUCAACAUCGUAUACAUCCUCUUCGAGCGCCUCGCCAUACCGUCCCGCUUCAGGCUCACCUCCGGCCGCGCGCGCGCAAUCGCCCAGCAACAACAAGACCUGUCGGAGCGUCGCAGGUUCUCCUGGGCCGUGCUGUUCACCCUUCCGUGGGCGUACCUCAUGCUGCCGGCGACGCAGCUGCUACAGAGUGGCGCCGCCGGCGGCUUCAGCACGAGCUCGGCCGACAUCAUCUUCAUGAAGGGCUAUACGGAAGAGGUCGCCGGCUACCUGUCGACUGCGCAAAAGAUCCUACCCAUCGUGUUGAGCCCCGUUGUCGGCCUCGCCAUCGACAGGUACGGCCACCGGUUCCACUAUGUCGCGACGGCGCCGGUGCUUUGGAUCGUUGCGUGCUCGUUGUUGGGAUUCACUGACGUAAAUCCCACUGCUGCGCUGGUCUUCUCCAGCCUUGCGGGUGUGAUUAAUUCUAUGCCAUUGCAGAUUUGUAUCCCCUUGCUUGUUGCCGACCAAGCCAAAAUUGGUACAGCUUUUGGAAUGGAUGUUGUCUUCGGUGUACUCCAAGAUGAGACUGAAGGGAACGGCUAUUCCAAUGUGCUGAUCGCAGCAAUUGCCAUUAAGUCAUGGGCAUUCAUCCUUGGGCUGUCAUACAUCGUCAUCGACUACCGCUAUCUUGGAAAGGGAAUGACUCUUACCCGGAAGCAGAGAGAAGCCAGGGAGGCCCAGAUUGUAGACAAGGAGGCGGACCCGCUCACAAGACGGACGUCGAAGCCGUGGUUCACGGCUCUGACUUUCGGCCUGUUGAUCGCAAUUGUAGCAAGCGCUUGGGCUGUGUUUGUGAGAUAUCUGAUCUGA